AUGAGACAAAAGGGCCACAGACACGGACGAACAGUAUCGCCCUGUGCCGGGUGUAAGCUUCUCCGGCGGAAGUGUGUCAAAGAUUGCGUCUUUGCUCCAUAUUUUCCGCCUAAAGAGCCUUACAAAUUUGCUAUUGUCCAUAAGAUUUUUGGUGCCAGUAAUGUCAAUAAGAUGUUGCAGGAGCUGGCGGAGAACCAACGGAGCGACGCCGUGAAUUCUAUGGUGUACGAGGCCAACGCAAGGGUGCAAGAUCCAGUGUACGGAUGUGUUGGGACGAUUUCGUCAUUACACAGACAACUCGAGGCUCUCCAAACUCAGCUCGCUUUUGCUCAGGCCGAGUUGAUUCAUAUAAGGUCGACGCUCUGCCGUAUUGACAAUGACACCAAACCUCCGCCGUACACAGCGAGCACCGUUGCUUUUCCGACGAUCAAAGACUUCUCUAGUGAUGUUGACAUGGCUUUUGUCUAUGAGGUUGGUGCCGGAGACUCCCUUUGGUCUUGCUAGCGUUAAUUUAUUACUACCUACUCUAUCUUUGCAAUAGUUAAAUCUAUAUCAGUUACAAGAUGUGUGUAUAUAAUAUGAACAAGAUAAGUAGACGAUUAUAUUAAUUUAUAGUAGUUGUCUAGAUUAUCGAUCAAGUAGAGCAACUAAAAUAAUGUUGUGAAAGUAAGAAAAGAGAAAAGCAUAUUGAUGUAAAACAGGAUUGUGAUAAUAAAAAUUUCGCAUA